ACAGGUGCUCCUCAUCUCCCUUGGAGGACUGUCAGCAGCACGAGGAUGGCAUCAGAGCUGGCAAUGAGCAACUCCGACCUGCCCACCAGUCCCCUGGCCAUGGAAUAUGUUAAUGACUUCGAUCUGAUGAAGUUUGAAGUGAAAAAGGAGCCGGUGGAGCCCGAUCGCAGCAUCAGCCAGUGCAGCCGCCUGAUCGCCGGGGGAUCCUUGUCUUCCACCCCGAUGAGCACGCCUUGCAGCUCGGUUCCCCCCUCUCCAAGCUUCUCGGCGCCCAGUCCGGGCUCGGGGAGCGAACAGAAGGCGCACUUGGAAGAUUUCUACUGGAUGAGCGGGUACCAACAACAGCUGAAUCCCGAGGCUCUGGGCUUCAGCCCGGAGGAUGCAGUGGAGGCACUGAUCAGCAGCAGUCACCAGCUCCAGACUUUCGAUGGCUAUGCUAGAGGGCAGCAGUUCACUGGCGCGGCCGGGGCAGGAGGCGCCAUGGCGGGGGAGGAGAUGGGAUCAGCAGCCGCUGUGGUAUCGGCGGUCAUUGCGGCAGCGGCAGCCCAGAACGGAGGUCCCCACCACCACCACCACCAUCAUCAUCAUCACAGCGGUGGACAUCAUCCUUCCACUGGCGUCCAGUCCAGCGGCACCAACGUCAACCACCAGCACAUGCUUUUGGAUGACAGAUUUUCCGACGAGCAGCUCGUGACCAUGUCAGUGCGGGAACUCAAUCGGCAGCUUCGUGGGGUCAGCAAGGAGGAAGUGAUCCGUCUGAAACAGAAGCGGCGGACGCUGAAGAACAGAGGCUAUGCCCAGUCCUGCCGAUACAAGCGGGUCCAGCAGAGACACGUCCUGGAGGGCGAGAAGACCCAGUUGAUUCAGCAGGUGGACCUUCUCAAGCAGGAGAUAUCCAGGCUGGCCCGUGAGAGGGACGCGUACAAGGAGAAAUACGAGAAGCUCAUCACCAACGGCUUCCGAGAAAACGGUUCCAGCAGCGACAACAACCCGUCGUCGCCUGAGUUUUUCAUGACGUCAAGAAAGUUCCUCCACCUGUGACCCUUCCCCUGGAGUCUGAG